AUGCCCUUCUUUGCAAACACACCUGAGGCCCGGCUGGGCCGCACCGAUUCCCUUGACCCCGAAACUACGUGCAGAGGUAUAACCUCCAGUGGUCGCCCCUGCAGGCGCCCUAUUGCUGGUGACGGGAGCGUCUAUUGUUGGCAACACAAAGACCAGGCCCACGCCACCGCUGUCCAAUCUUCCGGCAGACCCGGGAAAAGUCAUGGGCUCAUCCCCGAGCACCGUUCCAGUUUAGACACUCUCGCCGAGCGACUCGGUCUCAAUACUUCUGAGUCCGAGAAGCCUCAAAAGUCGACCUGGUCAUCAAAAUUCUCGAAGCGGCCAACCCAGGGAGCACGGGAACCGACCUUCUUUCGCUGCUGCUGCUUUCACAUUCCUAUUCCCUUUGACGACAUCCUACCUCCACCACGGCCAGCGUCCUCCCACUCCCAACCGACUGGAUCCACACACCCAAGACCAAACCAGCAUACAGCGAGCUCUUCCCCAUCACGGCCAGGUCGUGCGUCUCGUCCCGAUUCUGCUGAUUCAGAGACUGCUCAGCUCAUGUCUUUGAUUCCGCGCGAUGCUUCACCUCAAACUGCCUCACAGCUAUUGGCUGAACUGGCCAAAGGCUUCUCCCCGCAGGAUGAACCAGGAUAUAUUUAUAUUUUUUGGCUGACUCCUGAGUCUCACUCAUCAAGUUCAUCUGCUGAGGCAGUGCGAUCACUGCUUGCCCCGCCAAGCACGCCAAACCGCCAUGGCAGACGAGCAAGCGACAACAUCGUCGAGGCAUUCGCCCGCUCCAUGAAGCUGGAUGACGACAGUGAUCGCGCAAGCGAAAAGAAGAAGACUAUCCUUCUCAAGAUUGGUCGUGCCAAUAACGUUCAGCGCCGUCUGAAUGAGUGGCAACGACAAUGUGGCUACAACCUUUCUUUGGUGCGAUACUAUCCAUAUGUUUCGUCCUCUACAGGCAAUAACCCCAGCAGUGGUGAUGAUAGCGCGGUGCCACGCAAGAUGCCACAUAGCCAUAAAGUUGAGCGCCUUGUGCACAUUGAGCUUGCUGGGAAGGGCAUGAGGGUUGCUGACCGCGGAAAGUGCGAAGCCUGUGGCAAAGAACACCGCGAAUGGUUUGAAGUAGAGGCGACAAAAAGUGCUGUGGCGUAUGUGGAUGAAGUUAUCAGGAGAUGGUCGGAUUGGGAUGAAGCGCAAGGAUCAUCAUGA